UUUCUUGCGGUUUUAUGCUGGCUUCAAUCGUGGGCAGUGGGACUCGCCGCGGAGAGAAAGCGCGCAUCGAGCGUGGGAGCAGCGUCGAACGAAGGGUGAAAGACUCGCUUAUGCUCACGGUUUGCGCGUUUUUCCGUUCCGAAAUUUUCAGUCUAUUAUCAACGCUGAGCGUAGAUGAAUGUGCAAUCGUCUCGGUCGUGAAUGGGAUAGCUGCUCGCUUCCUCAGGACGUACAAUUCGUGGUUGACGGCUCCUUCCUCAAGUUCCGCGCCUCUGACUCUCGCGUGUGCUACAUUUCAUGCGUUACUUUUUUCUUUCCUGUGGGUACUAGGAGAGUGAUACCGCCGGGGAAGAGUUAAUCGAGUUUCCGAUGCUGUGUGCCAAUCAAACGGAUCAAUGCAAAUCCAUCUCAAUUAAGUUCAAUUAGUGUGCGGGAUGUCCUAGGAGUGACUUUGGGAUAGACCGGAGCAAAGUCGCUUAUCAUCUCACCUAGUUCUCGGUGCCACCUGUGCGCCCGUCCCGUCGUCAGUGGUAGCAGUGGUGUUGCCUCGGGGAAACUCUCAGUAGCAAGUUGGACAGGCAGGCGUCUGGCGUUUAGUCUGGCAGUGAGUGCAGCAGUGGUGCCGCCGCCGCCGUGUGCGAGGGAAUCCCACCGAGCGGAUUUACGACGUCGAAUUUCCGCAGUGUGGUAGCAGACAAACCGUAAACAUUACCACCAUCAGGUCCGUGGCGGGAGGCCAAAGUUCGUCCGGUCGCUGGUCGAGCUCGGGAGUGUGUACGUGUUCGCAUGUAGGGAGUCCGGAGGGGACGCUGUUGGCCGAGAAGAUAUAUACCUAAGUUCGUUUGUUUUAUUUGGAAGUCAUUAAUCACAGCAGGAAGCAACCGUGUUUUGCCGGGCUCGUUCUCAGUCUCCCAAAGGGAGGUGAUUUACGCGGAUGUUUUGUUACAGUUAAAAUACCCGUGGAAAAUAGCGGAACGCAACGUAUACUGUAUGUACCUUUCGGUGUAGCCCUUUCUCGGCACAUCUCGGUCGGUACUCUGUAAGGUCGAGGGUAGUGGAAGGCCAUCGCCGCGCCGAGUGCGAGUGCAAGUGUGCCAUAUAUUCUACUCGCAGUGAAAAACGUAGCAUUUUACCAAGUGAACGGUGCAUCAGACAUCCAUACAGCUACAGCAGUGAGUACGAGUUAGAAAGCAAAACGGAUGAAAAUUUAUAUGUGAUACCUGUCUGAGUCUCGGUGCACUUAAUUUCCAAGGAAACCAUCUCAACCGACCGUGUGAAUGGAGCGGGAAAUUCGUGACGUGUAUAAACAAAUGUGAAAAUCUCGGUUCCCCAUCACGUGCGGAUCAAAACAAGAUUCCUACCCCUUCCAGGCUGGAAUCCAGUUUAUCGCAGUCGAUAAAAAAAUCCCUCGUAAAAUCCCCAGCUGUGAAAGUAAUGAUUUAUUUUACACGCCUCUGAAAGAUUAAAUCAAUCUUCAUCAUCAUGGUGGUGGCGAAACACCCCAACCAUCAUCGCCAGCUCCAUCGUCGGCAGUGAACAGCAUAGUACCUGCCUAUUAGUAGUUAAACCACAACAACGUAACUAUAGUAUAGAAGACGGUAAAACAAAACCGCGGCUCAAGGCGAACAAAACAACGAAUCAUCAUCGGACUUCUUCCCCUCGUACCAGGCUUCAGUGAAACGGAAUAUGAAAUGUGGUAUUUGCUAGUGCUGCUGCAAAUUUGUUUUGUUAAAGAAACAGCCUUCGGAAUCAAGCUGACGGAGGUACGAGUGCCCAAACACACCGUCAGGGAUCACCCGGUGCGCCUCGAGUGCCACUACGAGAUGGAGGGCGAUGCACUGUACGCGGUGAAGUGGUACAAGGACGGCAACGAGUUCUAUCGCUACGUGCCAAGAGAUAAUCCGCCCAUCCAAGUUUUCGACCUGAAAGGAAUAAAUGUAGACGUACAAAAUUCUUCCAACGAGCAAGUUGUGCUGGAUCCAGUCGAACUGGAAUCUAGUGGGAAAUAUCGAUGUGAGGUAUCAGCUGAAGCACCAUCCUUCCAGACCGUGUCCGAACAUGCAGAGAUGACUGUCGUUGUUCUUCCGGACGAGGACCCCCACAUAACGGGAGGGAAACCUCGCUAUCAGAUCGGAGACUACGUGCGGGUUAACUGCACUUCCGGUCGAUCCAAACCUGCAGUACACCUGACCUGGUACAUCAACAGUGAACCGGCAGACCACGGGUUGGUACGACAAUACGAGCCCAUCGUCUCUGGCUCGGACAGACUCGAGACCUCCAUCCUCGGGCUGGAGUUCCGCGUCAAGCCAAAGCACUUCAAGCGAGGCGACAUGAAACUCAAGUGUCUCGCCACCAUCUCGACCGUCUACUGGAAGAGCAACGAGGAAAGCGUCGAAGGCGAUAAACCGCAGAAGGCUCCGAUGCUGGAAUCGCGGAAAGCGGUCGCCUCCAACACCCGGGCGGAUCGCGUUCAAGCUCACAACAGCGCAUCCAGCAUAGGACUACGCAGCUCCUUGUGGGCAUCCUGCGUCGCCUUUUUCAUCAUCUGCUCGUCGGCAUCGCUACUUUCGUCCUUCGGCGUCGGCGUCGCCGGCACAAACUUUCUCCAGAGGCAGCGCCAAUUCAGCAAUCAACUGGCACUAAGGUAACUAGCGACCGACGACGUCGUCGCAAAUGAAAGGGUUUGUAGUCAGCAGCAGCAGCAGCAGCACACGUACGGGAAAUCGUGCACCCACAAGAACCUAACCAACUGAAAUGUGUGUGUAAUUCAAUUAAGACUUCGACGGAAACCAAAAUUUUAACUUAAAACAAAAAGAAACUCUUCGGUGGAGGUUGGGACCGACCGGGUUGGAACGAAAUUUAAAUAACGGACGGGCGUGUGAAGUUCUAUUCGAAAGAGGUUAGGUUUUUAUCGUCUGAUGUUUUGAAUGCGUGUGUGGAAACAGGAUGGAGUGACUGGAGCACUAAGUGAGAACGAUAGAGCGAAUGAAGUUCCUUACAGGACUGUUGUUUUAGAUAAUUAAGUAUCGAAUAAAAUAGUAAUAUUACAAAAAAUGUGGCAACGAUGGAAAAUUUCAGAAAGUAUCAAACGAGACGCAUGAUUGGGGAUAAGAUUGCUUGACGAUAGCGUAAUUUAUUUUAAAUGGUAUAAGAAGAGAGACACUUUUGCUAUCUGGAAGUAAAUCAAAUUAAUUUUCAAUGCAAACAAGCCGGUAAACAACGACGAAGCAAAAGCAAGAAGAAAGUACCGAAGCUAAAAUGAUUUCAUCGUGGUAAAUGUCUUCAUUUCGUUACGCUAGUCUAACAACAUAGUCUGCGCUGGAGGAGGCAAAGUGCGAAAGAUAGCUAUACGUUUUCAGUUGAUUUAGUCAAAUAGCAUUAUCAUUUCAACGUACUCUGUAAAUAAAGCCGAUUUGCACCAUACUUCUACUACAUGAAACCGCAUCGUCCCGCUUAACGAACGAACGACCCAUCCCUCGAUUUCAGCCCCGUUCGUCAUGCAUCGUCUCAGAGGGUGGUGGUGUUGGGUAACAUUUUUAUUUGGAAGCCCCGAACCGGCACAGGAAAUAGCGAGAAUCGUGCAUGAAAUCAGGAAAUAGAUUUUCCUUCUCCUUUCCGAUCUUCUUCGGGUACCUCCUCCAACCACACAAAACUCGUCCUGUUGCGUCGCGUCGUGUACCGCAAAGCUCAUUGCGUGUUUGUUUCAAACACCUCUCCCAAAAUCCUCCCUCGCCUUCUUGCCUAGGGCCUGAUGUAGGUUGAUACAUACAAAUCUAAAUAUCAGACCAGGCAAACAAAAACCACCACAUUUCACCUCUUCAGGACAAUGGGUUGAGUAGAAUUCCUAUUUCUCUAUACUAGGGUGGAAACAAACUUCUUGUUAAUAAGUUGUUAUGUGAACAACCCAAGAAACAGAACUAGUU